UACAACUUCAGUUCAAUUCUGCACUUUGUAAAGCGUGCUUAAACGAAAUAAUAAGUUUGCUCUCCACUAUAUUCUCAUCGGGUCUCUUACUCACUCCAUAUAGUGGAAACAAUUUCCACCACUGAGGGUGACAAGUUAUUUUAAGAAGAACAUUUCAUACUGCACGUCUAUUCAAUUUGAGUAGUGAACUUGAAUAGUGCUUUUUAUGCUGUUGCAAAAUUCACUUUGGUGUGACCGGAAACGAAUAAAGUGAUUUUUUCUGCUACAUUCUUCUCCUUAUCCCCAUCCUACUUGAGUAAAAAUCCAAGACUUGUGCAUUCAGUGAAAAAAUCGUUCAGUCAGUUUUGCACUUCAAUUAAAUUCACAAGACCACAUUACAAUUAAUAUUCCGGCAAUGUCACCAUCUGCAUUGAAUCUCAGGGUCGAUUGAGCACCACUAAUUAACCACUGACAUGCGUACAUAUAUCUCGUCACAAUAUACCCACUAUACCAUUUCAUUUGACCUCAUCCACACAAAGAUAUUUCCAAUUCUGAAUUUGCAUGGAGCGAAAUAUCAAAGGAUUUCGGUUCCAGGUGUACUUUGCGGUGGUUCUCUUUACUCUCUUCUUGCAAAUGGUUUUCUCAGCAUCGAUUGCGAGCACACGUCCUCCCGUUUCGGAUGAAGUAAUCGACAAAGCACUUCAGGACAAGCGCUACCUGAUGCGGCAGCUCAAAUGCGCCAUCGGAGAAGCUCCCUGCGAUCCUGUAGGCAAACGCCUCAAGAGUUUAGCGCCAUUUGUGCUCCGAGGUAACUGUCCACAGUGCUCCCCAACUGAAGUAAGCCAAAUUCGACGAACUCUUGCCUAUGUCCAAAAAACAUAUCCUGCCGAAUGGACGAAGCUGAUACAGGCAUAUGCUGGCUGAUGAUCUAUUCACCCAUUUUCUGCAAAUUUUUCAUCGAAUGAAGAUACACAGAUUUGUAGAACCAACUCAAUUGAUUCUCUUUGUUCAUCCAACAUCAUCUCUCAGAUAUUUUGACGUGAUUUGGCCAACAUUAGCAACAUAUCAAAAGGAUCGUCGCAUUAUAUGCCGUCUCUAAACUAAAACAUGUCUUGCCUAUCUGCAGUACGAAAUUCUUCCACAAAAUAUCUCUCCUGGUCCCAAUUCAAUAGCAGACUUUUAGUCAAUUCAGUUAUAAUUUUAAACAUAUACGGUAUCCUAUGGUAUUUUAGUAUAUACACCCAAGUUGUAUACUCAGCUCAGCUGUAAUUUAAUUUUGAAAAUAUACCCAAUUCAAUUUAACAUUUAAACUCAUCCCAUAUUAUGAAUGGUAUAUUGUGUGAAAAUCCCAUUAGAAGUUGUAUAUGAGAAUAAAUUGUAUAAAAAAAAAUGUGAUAAAAAUUA